AUGGCACAGGCAGUGCGCCGCAAGGUCAAUGAGACAAACGGCCAUGCGCACCACCGUCUAGACGACGCAGUGCACUCGAUUGAACAGAAGCUAGAAGAGCAAGCAGAACUGCAUGCGCGAAACCCCCAGGAACAGAAGGAAGCAGGCCUAUUCCAGCUCGUCAUUUGCGUCGCUGGUAUCUACGGAAGUUUCAUGACAUGGGCCUGGAUCCAAGAACGUCUAACAACCACCACCCACGGCCCCCGCAACGAACGCUUCACAUACUCCAUCUUCCUCAACACCAUUCAAUCCGCCUUCGCCGCCAUAACCGGCCUAAUCUACCUUUUUCUCUCCGCGAAAAAAGAUCCACGAACCGGCGUUCGCACCGUCGCUCCCAUCUUCCCUUCUCGCAGCAUUCUCCUCCCGCUCCUGGGUAUCGCGCUGACCUCGUCACUUGCUUCGCCCUUUGGCUACGCAAGCCUCAAACACAUCGACUACGUCACCUUCAUCCUCGCCAAAAGCUGCAAACUGCUCCCCGUAAUGUUCCUCCACAUCUCGCUAUUCCAAAAACGCUACCCACUCUACAAGUACGCAGUCAUCGGUUUCGUCACCCUCGGCGUCGCAGUCUUCACUUUGUACAGCCCAUCGACAGCCAAGAAGGCCGCGAAGAAAAACGGAGCAGUAAACGCGGAUGCGUCGCAGACUGUCGGCUUGGUGCUGCUAGGUGUGAACUUGCUGUUUGAUGGACUGACGAAUACGGUGCAAGAUCACAUCUUCACGUCUUUCAAGGGUUUUACGGGCCCCCAGAUGAUGUGUGCGCAGAAUAUCAUGUCGACGGCGCUGACGGUGUCGUAUCUCUUAAUCACGCCUCUGCUUGCGUCUACGCCGCUGGCGUCAUCGCUCGGGCUCGCGACGUCGGAACUCAGCGAUGCGCUGGGGUUCGUGGCAAAGUAUCCGGCUGUGGGCGCAGAUGUGCUCAUGUUUUCGGCCUGCGGUGCGAUUGGUCAGGUUUUCAUCUUCCAUACGCUCGCGCAUUUUAGUAGCUUGUUGCUUGUUACGGUGACGGUUACGCGUAAGAUGCUGACCAUGGUGUGGAGUGUGUGGUGGUUUGGGCACGAGAUUACGAAUAUGCAGUGGGUCGGUGUUGGAUUGGUGUUUGGUGGUAUUGGUGCCGAGGCGGCGAUGGGGAGGAGGGAGAAGGCUAAGAAGGCUGCUGCGAAGAAGGCCGAGUUGGAAGCUGCGGCGAAGAAGAAGUAG